AAAAUUAAAGAUAAUAAUUAUUUUUGCAAAAUAUACCUUUACUCUUUAGUCAUAUUUCUAUACGUGUUUCUUAGAAAGAGUUGAAAAGAAGUUUAUACUUAUUUUUUAUGGUGUUUUUGAUUACUAAUUAAAUGAAUUUUUUAUUUAAGUAACUUGUAGGAAACUUAAAGUUUUUAUCGCAUACCCAAAAUUAUUUCUUGAAAAGUCAAAAUGAAAAUUAAACAGUUUCAAAAGACUGUUGUAUCAACAUGGUCGCCAAAAUCAAAUUAUCCAAUCAAUAUAGCAAUGGGUACUGCUGCCCAACAAUUAGAUGCUUCAUUUAACACAUCAUCAACAUUAGAACUGUAUACAGUACAAUCUAAUGAUAUAACACUUAAUGCAUCAAUCUCCACUGAUUGUCGGUUUCAUAAAUUAGUUUGGGGUGGUGCUAAUAAUAAUGAAGAAUGGGAUUCUGGAAUCAUUGCCGCAGGCUGUGAUAAUGGUGUAAUUUGUCUAUAUAAUGCUUCAAAAUUAGCAAGAAAUGUUGAUAGUAUUUUAGUUAAAAGUGAUCGCCAUGUUGGUUCAGUCAAAGCUCUCAAUUUUAAUUUAUUUCAAACAAAUUUAUUUGCAUCUGGUGCUUCAGAAUCAGAAAUAUUCAUUUGGGAUUUGAACAGUAUGAGUACUCCAAUGACUCCAGGUUCUAAAUCAGAAACUUUAGAAGAUGUAAUUGAUUUAGCAUGGAAUAAUGAAGUUCAACACAUUCUUGGUUCGUUGUUUCAUAAAUAUACCGUUGUAUGGGAUUUACGUAAGAAUGAACCUAUCAUUAAAUUAUCAGACAGCAACUCAAAAGUUAAAUGGAAAGCAAUGUCUUGGAACCCUAAAGUGGCAACACAAGUAUGCAUCGCAUCAGAAGAUGAUCAAAAUCCAGUUAUUCAACUAUGGGAUUUAAGAUACGCAUCUUCACCUGUAAAAAAUUUAAUGGGACAUCAAAAGGGUAUUUUAUCAAUGUCAUGGUGUUCUGAAGAUCCAGAUUUAUUAAUAAGUUGUGGAAAAGACAAUCGAUUACUCAUAUGGAAUCCAAGUAGUGAGAAUGAUGAAAAUUUACUAGUAUGUGAUUUAGAACAUAAUAACCAAUGGAAUUUUGAAAUAAACUGGUGUCCAAAAGAUCCAUUAUUGAUAGCUACAUCUAGUUUUGAUGGGCUAACAACUGUAUAUUCAAUAAAUGAUUUGCAGAAUUUUGAUGAUCGGAAUAUAAGUAGUAAAAAUGAAAAUGUCAAUUCUCAAUGGACAACAGCAUCUAAUUUAACAAACGCUCCCAAGUGGCUUCAAAGAAACUGUGGCGCAUCAUUUGCAUUUGGUGGUUACUUGGUGUCAUUUGAUGGUUCACUUAAAGCUGUUCAAUUAAACAAGACAGUGAUUGAAUCUGAUUUAUUGGUGUGGUCUGAUCAUCUAAGUAAAAUCUUAAAUAAUGGAAAUUUUGAAGGAUUUUGUCAUAAUAAAAGUGAAAUGACUUCUGAUGAUAAUCUUCAGCUAGUAUGGAAGUUCUUAAAAACUAUGUUUCAAAAUAAUCCCAAGGAAGCACAGUUGGAGAUACUUGGAUAUUCAACUAAAAAAGAAGAAAAUGAAGGAUUUCAUUCAAAUCUUUCAAAUAUUCAAGAAGAAAAUAAUAUAGUGGCUAAAUUUGAUGAUUUCAAUUUAAAAUCUUCUAACGCUGAUGAACUACAAGACUUAAUAUAUCAGUCACUUCUUAUUGGAAAUUUGUCAACGGCGGCAGACUUGUUUUUAGAUAGCGGAAAGCCAGUUGAAGCUUUAUUACUUGCAAUAAUUGCUGGUCCUAAAACAUUAUCUAGAAUACAAAAUAAAUAUCUCAAGAAUUCAAGAGAACCCACUGCUGCUUUAUUACAUGCAAUUGUUACUAAUGAUUGGAGUAAUCUAAUUGAAAAUUGCAAUUUAAAUUGUUGGAAAGAAAUUAUGACAGCCAUUCUAACUCAUACAAAUGGAUCAAAUUUUAUUUCUUCUUUUGAAAAACUUGGCAAUCGUCUUGCAGCUAGUGAUGACCAAAGCUUGUCAAAAUAUGCACAACUCUGUUAUAUAUGUUCUGGAAAUGUUGAAGCUCUUAUAGAUAAUAAAAAAGAUAUUAAAACAAUUGAGAAGUUACAAGAAUGUGUAGAAAUGGCAAUGAUGUUGCAUCAAUCAAAAUUGUCUAAUAAAUCUCAUUUGGAAGUUGGGCAAAAGUUGUCAGGUCUUUUAGUGAUGUAUAGUGAAACAUUGAUUUCUCAAGGUGAUCUGGAAGGAGCUUUAACAUAUUUAGAAUUUACAAAUAAGGAUUAUAACGUUGAAUUAAAAAAUCAACUAUAUAAAGCGCUUGGAAAAAAUCAAACAGCUGAAUAUUCAAAUAAUGUUUCACAAAAAACAUUUAAUGUUGGUACUCAAGAUUUACGAAAAUACUCAACAUCAAGUGCUACAGGCACUGUAACACCAGAACCACCUUUUCCAUCGUAUCCAAAUAAGUUUAUCCAAGAUAAUGAAAUACAUCAAAAUCAUAGACAACUUCCUUCAAGUUAUCCUCCUAAUAUUCAAUCUCAACCAACAUACAAUAUACAUAAUCAACCAACACCUAUUUAUAACAAUCACCUUAAUAGUACACCAGAAUAUGGAAAUAGUUUUAUUAAUCAAACAAAUGUGCAAAAAACAGUACCUCCAACACCACCACCAGAUUCUAGCAGUAGAUGUAUGACUCCUAGCAGUAUUAAGCCAGGAAAGCCUAAGUAUGUUGUUGAUCCUUCUGUUAAAGGAAAUAACGUUUAUGGGAGUUAUAACAAUGGAUUAGGAACUCCGUCUAUGACAAAUCCAGGACAACAAAGUGGUUUUAAUGCACAAAUGGGACAACCCCAUACAUUAAACCCACCAUUUAUACAACAAAGCGGUUUUAAUUCACCAAUGGGACAGCCUCUACCUCAUACAUUAAACCAUCCAUUUGGACAACAAAGUAAUUUUAAUCAACCAGUAGGCCAAUUAAAUACUUUGAACCAACCAAUGGGACAACAAAGUGGUUUUAAUCCACCAAUGGGUCAGUCAAAUUUUAUAAAUCAACCAUUGGGACACACAAGUAAUUUCAAUGAACAAUUAAACCAACCAACGCAACCAAAUAUUUAUAAUCCCGCUUCAGCUCAAAUAAGUAAUUUUAAUCAGCCUAAAAGUUUUGGUCAGUUACCUAAUAUGAAUCAACAACCAACAUUUCAACCUAUUCAAAGUCAUUUAAAUAAUUUUUCUCAAGCAAUUCCUCCAUCGCCCAAUUUUAAUCAGUCAUCAUCAAAUUAUAAUCAAACAACUCCAUCAGUUGAACCUCUACCAAUGAAUUACAUGAAAAAAUCAACUCCUGGUUGGAAUGAUCCUCCAAUGUUAUCAACUUCUGCUCCAAUUCAAACAUUUUUUCCUCGAACAUCGAUGCUGGAUUGAGCCACCAAGUUUCUAAGCAAAACUCAGUAAUCUACUCUAAAUAUUAUGCUGUGGGGCUAAACAUAAUUAAAUACUAAAAAACUGAUUAUCCUUAAGUUGUGAUUUUUUACCAAUUAAUAAGUAGUGUUCGGGAUUUUUUUUCAUUUAUAUGUUUUUCUGUAGUGGUCGUAGAUUAUUCUAGGUGAGUUAUAAAUUUGUUUUAUGAAAUGGCGAAACUAAAUACUAAGUUUAAAUUUGCAUAUUUUUGUAUGUUUCUUCAUAUUUUAGGAAAAGUGCGUAUUUGAGCAAUUUUUAGCAUAUUUGUGCAUAUUUUGUGUUUUUUUAAUUUGUUUGUUGCGUAAAAUUGUUGGGAAAAAUUAAUACUUGAAAAAAAAUUCAAAAAUAUUAUUUAUAUAAAUUAAGGUCAUAGUCUGUCAUAUCUGACUCGUAUGUCUGUUUAUGAUAAUUUCUUUAUCACUUGAGGACCAACUUUUUUAUUGACAAUUGUAUAGUUGUGGUAAAACCUUAUGACAUCUAGAUUCUAAAUUGUACAACAGAUUUAAUCACGGUUAACUGAUCACAUUAUACUACGCAUUUACAUUAUUUCUUAUUAACUCAGGAUUUAAUAUGUUUUAAUAAAUAAAAUAAAAAAUUCUGAUUGGAUAAAACCAGAAAA